AUGAAGAUUAUAAGAUGCAUAGAUCUGGAGAUUCUUCCAACUGGAAUUAACCUUGUAUUUCUGGAACGUCUCAAUCUCAAUGGAUGCUCACGCUUGAAGACCUUUCCUGAUAUGUCAAGAAACAUCUCAUCCCUUUAUCUAGAAGAAACAGCAAUAGAAGAGGUCCCUCCGUGGACUGAGAACUUCUCUAAGCUCAAAUAUCUUCUCAUGCAAGGAUGCAGUAAGUUAGAGUACGUUUACCUAAACGUUUCUAAACUGAAACAUCUCGAGUUGGUCAACUUUUCGCUCUGUGGGGCACUGACUGGUGCUGAUUUGAACGGUUAUCCAAGUGGCAUUGCAUUGGAAGGAGAGAUUCUUGACCCGGAGUUACAAGCCUCCUCUUCUGGUCCAGACAACAUUGUCCCAAAAGUAGAGUUCAGUUUCAUCAACUGCUUCAAGUUGGAUGAAGAAGCUGUUCUUCAACAACUCUCUUACGAGAAACUCAUCUUGUCCGGGGAAGAAAUACCGUUAUACUUCACUCACCGAACUACAGGAACCUCUAUGGCCUUCCCUCUUGUUCAGACCCCUCACUCUCCACCAUUCUUCAGGUUUAGGGUUUGCGCUGUGGCUGUUUUCAACUCUAAUCCCACCUCUGGUACCAUUGGAGUGUUUACAAAGGUAAAGUGUCAAUUCAAAAGCAGACUCGGAAGGUACUAUGAUUCCCCUAUCAACACGACUACUUCUCGGUAUAUCAGAACGGGAGUUAUCUUCUUUUACUAG